AUGAAAAGCACGGGCUUGGAUUGGUCCGUAGGGGCAGCCUACUUGCUGGGAGAUGAAACUCAUGAGCUGACGAGAAGCGUCAGAGUUGCCGGCACCGACGUUGCUUACCAGAGGCUUCAAGUGGACCAGGAGGGCGUCUGCCUGAACAAGCUCGAGCGGACAGAUUCUGCGGAUGAAGGAGGCACAGCAGUGUGCGAUUCCCUUUGGGGCUGUUUUGAAGCGUCAUGGAAGGCCGUGCUUACCGCAUUGGUUGCCCUGGCGGCUGCCAUUGGUAUGCAGACGAUUCUGCCUUCGGUUCACGUUUCACGGUACCUUGUCAUGGAGACGACGGUGGUGGAUUAUCCGGCUGCCUUCGAAGUUAAAUCGGAGUAUCGGCCAGAAUGCGACACCAGGUCGUCAUCGUUCCAGAUUGGGAAUCGGGACUUCCUGGAGAAAUUGCAGGACUUUAGUUUCGUGUUUUUCUCCAUGGCGAGCAUCGUCAACAUGCUUACCGAAGUUAUUAAAACGGCCUCGGCCGUGCUGAUGCCACCUGUGAAACCUAUACCAGAUGCGGAUCAGUUCAUCCCGGACACCAGUCAGCCGGGCAACGUGGCUCUCCGACGAUGUCCUUCAAAUCGCUUUGUGACGUUGGGAAGCUUGGUUCCAUCUCCGCAGUAUCUUUGGCGCUCCGGGCCCGAUGCCAUGGAAUUCACACAAGCAGCACAGGAACUGAUCGCCUUCGUGCAGGGCGGACUGCUGGAGGGUCAACGAUCGGAAGGGUCAGAAUUUUCUCCUGCUGAUUCUGUCAAUGUUCUCAUGGAGGCUCCUCACAGUAUCAAGCUCGGCGGUAUGAUUGGCUUUUUCCCAUGGUCUAUGCAAACUGCAUGUUACCUCUUCCCCAUUCAGCUCAUCAGCUUGUUGUAUGACUUGAUUGCAGACUCCUUGCUCCGGAACCCUGAUUACCUCCUUAUUGUCACAGACAAGGACAAAUGGUGGGUUUGGUUUCAGCUCUCUUUUCGUCACGAGAUGCUUUUGCCGAUGCUACUGCAGGUGCUUCGCAUUCACAUCAGCGUAGACAACCUACGUGCCUUCUUUCGGGGAAUGCAAGGAGCCUCUGCAGGCAGAGUCAUCUUGUCCGUUGCAUGCUGCGUCGCGUUGCUGCCAAAGCUAUUGAUUUUCCUGCCAGCAUUAUUGGUCACCUUCCUCAUAGGGCUUCCUCCUACGUGGGCAGCAUGCACGCUGCUCGAGCGCACAACUGGUCGGUCAUACUGGCACGAAAAGGAGGGCCCUCACGUUGGUGUGCUGUACUGCUUCGUUCUCCCAGCGGCUGCUUUGGUGAACAGAAUAUUCUAUCAGUUUUCGGCAGGGACCUACCUAUGCACUCACAGUCGAGCCAGCUUGAUUCCGCUCCAGCAGGGGCAUCUCACAAUGGAUGCGCCACUUCUUUGCUUCGUGAUCUCGAUGUUUUUCUGCAGCCUUGCUGUGUUGGUUCCUCUUCGCUUCCUUCUUGCUUUCUUUCCCGAGACGUGCGGCAGGGGCGUGUUCGCCUUCCUGAGCCCUGCUGGAUUCUACAUUCGCUGGCUGGAGAACCCCUUGUACGACACCAGAAGCCUGCGGCUGGAUCGGGAAGGUUACGAGGAGCACCGAAGGCAUUUCUUCAAGGAGGGUACGCAGGACUGGUGCAGGUAUUGCGAACACCUGAUAAAGGGCGAGACGCAGGUUGAGCUCCCGCAAACUCCAGCACAGGCUUUCAUGUACGACGGCCUGCAGCAGUGUUGGGAGCUUCCAUGCCUGCUCCACUAUCUGUUCAGCGCACAGCGUGGGGCUGUGAGCGCUAUGGAGCUGCUCGGGGUCAUAGAGACUCUGAGGUCACGGCAGUCGUCUGUUCGUCGGCUUCGGUCCAAGCUGGACUUAGCAUACGACUUUGCGGUUGGCCUCCAAAAGGCGGAGCAGCAUCGCAGGUCGUACCUGGAAGCAGAAGAGCACAUCAGAGUGAUUGAUGGCGAAUUUGGGCCCAGCACCAAAAAGGCUUUGGUGGAAUUCCUCAUGCAGCAGGGAGAACUGAGUCGCAGCUUCAGUACACCAAACCACAAGGCUACCUGGGGCCAGGAUGCAUGCAAAGCGCUGCAGAGCUAUCUCAAGCGGAUCGGGUUCUACACAGGUCCACUGAAUGGUCAGCUCGACGAUGUUUGGACAGUCCGUGCAUUGAGAUCUUGGCUCCUGGACCUCGGCUUUAUCUACAAGAGAUGGCUUGUGGACAGGGAUGGUGAACUGGGCAGGUGGACGACAAUCGCCUUGCAAAGAUUCUUGAUUUCCACACACGAGCGCGCUCAUGGUAACAGGUACCUCGCGGUCAAUGGUCAGUGGACGGUAGACUUUGUCUUCGCCUUUCAGGAUUUUUUGGCUCGGAGCGGUACUGCAAGCCCUCGAACGGGGACCUGGCGAUUUGCAAACACCAAAGCCGUCCAGGAAUUCUUGAUCAGGCGCGGCUACUUGAUUGGGCAGAAACAGCUCAGUGACGACACCGACGAGAUCUUCGAUGAGCAGGUAUGUCGUGCGCUUCAAUGUUGGCUCCGCGAUCAAGGAUUUCCGUGUGGCCUCAACGGAGAGAACGCGGACGGCGUCGAUGGAAAGUUCGACACUGGAACCAAGCUGGCAUUGCAGCUGUUUCUCAAGUCAGAUCGGGCCAUGCUCGUUCACAAGGACCUCAUCACCAACGGCAAAUGGAGAGCCGAGACAAUCCGCCGGUUGCAGGACUUCCUGUCCGAGGACAACUCAAAUCUAGAGGUGAAUGGUCUUUGGGACCUCGCCUCCGGACAGGCCUUGCAAGCCUUCCUCAAGAGCCAGGGGCGAUAUGUCAGCUUCGUGGAUGGUGACUUCGGCGGCGUGUCUGUGCAGUCGCUACAGGCCUGGCUACGAGAUGAGGGGUUCAGCUGUGGCAAUGAUGGUCCUCGGUGCGAUGGAGUGUCCGGAAACUGGACGAAGGACACAACAGCAGCUUUGCAGAGGUUUCUAAACUCCAGGAAAGCAUCGGCUGGCGUGGAUGCCCCUGCCAUUUGGUCCGACGAGUACGCAGACCUCAAGGCCUCAUGCUGGGCCAUGGCUCUGUUCGGUGGUGCUGAGAGCUACAUGGAAGAGGACGCUCUGGAAUUGCUGCCGCCGGCCGACGUCGAGAAAGGCCGCAAAGCCGCGGAGGCACGGCAGCUCUUGCGCGACUCCGGCCUGUCUGUUCCAUUUGGCGAGUGGUGGGGUGCUGCACAGCUGUUGUCCAACCUGGGCAGCGGGACUUGGCUUGAUGCAGCUGGCAGCGAAGCAGCAGUCGCCGCUGUGAUAGCAUUGCAGAGCCUCGAGAGUGCUGAUGAGGCGCCAGAGGGAGUCUUCGAAAUGGGCAUCGCGUCGCUGCUUAGCCAUCUGCGUGUCGGCUCCAUGCAGGCAGUGGAGGCAUCCUGCGCAGCGCUGGGUAGAUUGGCCGACAUGCACCUCUUGCAAGUCGAGGUCCAUGACUCCGCAAGGAAGAUUCUGGCGUUGCGCUUGCGAGCAAAUUCGGCAAUUCACACUGCAGUUGCUAGAGGUCUUACCUCUAUGAAGAGCCUGGUCUCGCAGCUUUGGCCCGUGCUGAGGGAGCGUCUCUCCUGCAGCUCCGAUGGCCUCGAUGUCAAAAUAGCGGCAGAGGCGUUGGCGUCCCUCGACUGGGAGAAACUCCUCCCCGAGCAUGUUCUGAGUUCAUGUGCCGACAUACUCGGACCGCGACUGCACGAGGAGGAUUGGCUAAUGCGCGUGGGUGCCUGUCAUGGAUUGGCUGUCUUUGGUAGAAAGGCGUCCGGACCCUACCUCGAUCCUAUCCUGCAGCUUGUGGACGAUGAAGAGGGCCCAGUGGUGGGGGCUGCAGCCUACGCUGUGAGCCAGCUCAUGGACGGCAGAACUGGGCGAUUGCUUGGCGUGGUGCGGAGGCUCCAAGCGCGCCUACCCGAUGCGGAGAGCGACUCCUGGGUACGAGCAGGUGCCUGUCAGGGUCUUGGCCUGCUCGGCGUUGUUGAUGAUGACACCAUUUCCGUGUUGUCUGCACACCUGACGGACACAGAAGUCAUCGUCGUUGAGGCAGCAGCUGAGGCCUUAUGCAAUCUGCAGAUGAUGAAUGCCAUAGACCUGAAGGUGGUGGAAGAUCAAGCCAGAGAGACCAGCAAGCGGUUGCACCAUCCAGACUGGCUCACCAGGUGGGCGGCCUGCAUUUGCUUGGGUGCACUGGGUGCUGCGGCACAACCUUACCUCCAGGAGUUGAAAGAGCGAGUUACUGACGAAGACGAGAACAGGGUUGUUCACGAUGCUGCCAAGAUGAGCCUCGCAAGGCUACAUGCUUUGCAGCGCAGUGAGCGCAGCCUUGACAGGGUUCAGCUGGCUCUUUCAGGGGAUGGGUCGGUCAGGCACGGAUAG